AUGCCUCGGACCCUCCGGUCUUCCGCUCUGACCGCGAUGAGCUUGAUCUGGUUCCAAGCAUCUUGUCGAAGAUGUACCGUGACUACCGAAGUCAAGAUGGUCACAGGAAGUUGUCUGCAGCUUCGAGGAGGAAGCCUCGAUUCUGUCGUGAAUUUCAAUUUGAUCAAGAGUAGAUUCAAUCGUAAGGACGAGGAGGAGGAGGAGGACGAGGAGGACGCUAUAUCAGCUAUAUCUCGACUUCGCAAAAGGAAGCGACCAAACGAGGUCCAGGAGCAGCCGAAGAGUGAGUUCACGCCAGAGGAAGAGCUGUUUGCGGAGAAGGAAAGGGAGAGAGUGUGCAACCUAAUCCGAGCAGAGGAGCAGUAUGAUGAGACUGUCGAUACGACGGUGCAGGAUGGUUUGUCAUUUACCGAAUGGCUCGCAAGGAUCAACGAGAUCGAAAACCUUCGGCGAAAGAAUCGUCGGCAUGUAGAGACCGACUAUGGUCAAGGAUACGUGGACGGGAGAUUCGGAAAAGACGACAUCAUGGGAUGGGUCAACUACGUUCCAUUGCCGCAGGAUGUGAGGAGAGAGGAUCUGUUGGUGCAGCCCCAGUACCGCCUCAACCGGCACCUUUGGAACGCCUCUUCAAAGGGCAAGAGCGCACCUGAGGGGUUCAAGGAGUGA